UUUGGACCUUCUUCUUCUUCUUCUUCUUCUUCUUCUUCUUCUUCUCUGCAAGUGUACUUUUUUCUAUUCUCAGUUUCUCUGUGGCUUCAUUUAGUACAUGGAGCUGCACCGACGGUGCCGGUCGGCAACAUUUCACGGGUCGAAGACGCUGUGUAUUUCCGUAUAUAUUAUGGGCAGACCUUCAAAGUCAUCAAAAAUAGUGUUGAUGGCAAGAGCUAUCUUCUUAUUCAGAACAACUCUAAAAUGGCCCCAAAGACAAAAUACUGCACGGAAAGAAUCAAAUCCUUCGUGGUACCUUUAUCCAAUUACUCAAUCGACACAGAAGAUUACCCAGGCGUUCCAGUAUCUUUCUUUGAGCUCCUAGGUAUGCUAGGGAACUUAAAGGGCAUAACAUCAGAUUCUGUGGCUUCCGAAUGCUUAUUGAAAUAUUGUGUCGAAGGAGACAUCGCAAUUAUAAAUAAGAGUGAUGAUCAACAACUUACACAAUUUGCGGCACAUUUUAUCAGCAACAGUGAUCAACAACAAGCUUGUCAAUUUGCCAUGUUUUUACCUUCUGUUGAGGAUACCCCUCUCCAGAGAGCAGAGUGGAUCAAGUACUUAGGGGUCUUCGCAAAUAUGGAAGUUAGAGCUAAUCAAGUCUAUGAUACAGUGAAACAGAACUAUAUGUGCUUAACUAAAGCUGCAGCAAGCAAGACAUCCUCAUUUAAACCAGUAGUAGCUUGGCUUCAAUAUAGUGAGGGUGUUUGGUAUUUCACAAAUGAAGCAUACAAGAUGAAGUAUGUGCAAGAUGCAGGAGGGGUGAAUGUUGAUGAAUCCAUCAACAAAAUUACUUAUAACAUCUCAAUUCCUGAUGACUUGGAGAACUUCCAUGCCAUAUUAUGUACACUUGAUGUUGUGAUAGAUGAAACCUAUGCUGAUGACCUAACUCAAUACAAUCUUGCAACAUUUCUUCGCAACAUUAAUGUCGAUGACCAGUCUUGUUUUGCUUUUCUUACAAAUCAAAGUGUGUGGAGAUAUGACAAAAGAACCUACAAUUCCACUGCCAUCGACUGGUUUGAUGGUGCCAUCUCCCAACCUCAAUUGGCAUUAGCAGAUCUUCUUGAAGCCUUCUUCCCUACAGGAAACUAUACAACAACAUACUUAAGGAACCUUGCAAAGGAAGAAGAGAUUGUAACUGUUGGACCUGAGAUGUGCAACAGAGAUAGCUCUGAAGCAAUGGACCCCAUCAUGGUACCUUGUCAAUGAAGCCAAAUGAUAAUCUUGGGUUGUGUUUGUUCUUCUUUUUAGUUUUUUAUUUCUAUUUUAUCUUGAUUUUAAAUAAUCCUUAAUUUUUUUAGUACUUACUUGAGGGUGUUUACUACAAAAUGUAUAAGCUUUUUUGGGUUGAUUUUUUUA